GCCGACGUACGAUUUGGCGAGGAUUAAAACCUCCCGGGUGUCGAUCUGAGGACGAAAGCAGCGGUGACCCCCCCGGUGGAGAAGAAAAGACAAGAGCUGUGAGGAUAAAAAAAAAAAUUUAAAUAAGAAGAAGAAGAAGUAGUAGGCUAAGCAGGGUGGGACGGAAUAAUCCAGGAAGUGUGGAGGACGGUCAGGUGGGAGGCGACGAGUCUGAACAGGUGACACACCGGCACUCAGGUGUAUGACCUCUGCUGAUCUCCAGGCAAAGGACCAAAGAGGAGGGGGACGAGCGAGAGGCCGAAGAAAGCAGGCACCCAUCUUCUCCUGGGUUUAUGGACCGGAGGUGGCAAUGUCUCCAGGAGAGGACGGUCUGAUUGGGAUCCCCUUCCCGGAGCACAGCAACGAGCUCUUGUCCCACCUAAAUGACCAGAGGAGGACAGGACUACUCUGUGACCUCACUCUGACGUCCCGCGGGGCACGCUACCCAACUCAUCGCUCUGUUAUGGCCGCCGUCAGUCUCUACUUCCGCCGGCUGUUUGGGGCAGAGGAGGGGGGCGGCGAGGGCGGAGGAGGUUUCAGCGUGUGCCAGCUGGACUGUGUGGCACCCGACGCUCUGGACGCCCUGCUGGAGUUUGCCUACACUGCCACCCUGACCAUCCCCAGCUCUGGGAUGAGAGAUGUGCUGCGAGGGGCUCAGCUUCUGGGCAUCCAGUGUGUGGCUGAUGCGUGCAGAGACAUCCUGGGGGAGACGGCUCAGGUGGAGGGGGAGACGGCAGAGGAACAGAGAGCCCAACACACAGCUACUGAGAGGAUGGUGGGGGGAGAGAGCAGGGUGGAGAGAGGGUCCCGAAGAAAAACGGACAAAAAGAAGGUGAAAAAAGUUGGUUCACAUCACAUCAACUCCUCGGUUUUGAACCCACCACCUGCUUCUCCCGUCUCGCACCCUUCACCUGCAUCCGACAGCCUUCGCUCCCUGCCGUCUACCCAGCCUCCGAGCCCUGAACAGGAGGAGCAUCGCCUCAAAUCCAGGCAGAACGGAGAUUCCAGUGCAAUCAGAAAGCCAGGUAGAGGGGCCACACUAAAUGGAGGGCUUCUACACUGGCUGCAUGAGCGCCCCCCUAUAGACCAUCCUCCUCCUGUCCUGCCCUUGAACGACAAGCUGUCAGAGGAUGAGGACAUGGAGGGUUUUGGCGACGAUGGUAUGCUGAUGGAAAGCACCUCCUUACCUACCUCGGUAGCUGAUCGAAGAGCGGCGGCAUCAGCAGCGGGAGGUGGGAGGAAGAGGAAGUCUCAGACGCCCCAGCAGUGCCCUGUUUGUCAAAAGAUCAUCCAUGGAGCAGGAAAACUGCCCCGACACAUGAGGACACACACUGGAGAGAAGCCCUUCCAAUGCUCUGCUUGCGGAGUCCGUUUCACCCGGAAUGACAAGUUGAAGAUCCACAUGAGGAAACACACUGGUGAGCGUCCUUACCCCUGCCCGCACUGCCCUGCCCGGUUUCUCCACUCAUACGACCUCAAAAACCACCUGUCCCUCCACAGUGGGGCGAGGCCCUUCGAGUGCCCGCUCUGCCACAAGGCCUUUGCCCGAGAGGACCACCUCCAGCGUCACCGCAAGGGAGACAGCUGCCUGGAGCUGCGCACACGCCGGCCCAGACGUGGGGCUGAGCUUGGGGAGGAUGGGAGUGAGGAAGGAGGCGGGAGAGAGCAGUCCAACCCUCUGGAGGCUCUGUCUUUACAGGCCCACUCCUCCGCGUUUCUCCCUCGCACGAUGCUGGAUGGCGGGAGUGGAUCCGGUGUCGGCCCCCCGCUGAUGUUUCCAGGUGACGAGAGGGAGCGGUCUCUCGCCCUUCAGGCUUUGGCUCAACUUGGGCCUCACAGGCUGGCGGGCUACCCUGAGCUCUUCCUGCGAGGUCUGGAGCUGCGAGGGGGCAGAGAGGCAGAGGGAGAAGAUCCAGGAGGAACCCACUCGCCGGCUGCGCAGCAGGACCGAUGGGCUGACGAAGUCGAAGAGGAAAUUCAAGAAGAAGAAGCGGAGGAGGAGGAAUAGUGACAAGAGGGGGUGUGUGUGUGUGUGUGUGUGUGUGUGUGUGUGUGUGUGUG